UAACACAAAAUAUCUGAAUUCGUGAUGUCGGAAAUGUUCGUUGUGAAUAACACUGCUCAAAACAUGCCAAGUACUGUUCCAGCCUUUCUAACAAAGCUAUGGACACUUGUGGAAAACCCUAUGGUCGAUGAUUUGAUUUGUUGGGGCGAGAAUGGAACUAGUUUCCAUGUUUAUGAUCAAGGCAGAUUUGCCAAGGACAUUCUACCACAUUACUUCAAGCACAGUAAUAUUGCCAGCUUUAUAAGGCAACUAAAUAUGUAUGGUUUUAGAAAAGUUUCUCACAUAGAACAUGGAAUCAAAGAUGAAGCAGAUGACCUAGAGUUCCAACACAUGUACUUCAUUAGAGGCCAGCAACAUUUGUUAGAUAAGAUCAAAAGAAAAAUAGCAGGGACAUCUGCACAAGUGAAAACCGAGCCACUCCAGGAAGUUCCACAACAAGAUCUGGCCAAUGUAAUUACAGAAGUCCAAGUGAUGAGAGAAAAACAAGAAACUGUCAAUACAAAACUUCAGUCAAUGAAGAGAGAGAAUGAGUUAUUAUGGAGAGAGGUAGCCUCUCUCAGACAGAAACAUGUCAAACAGCAACAAAUUGUCAACAAGUUAAUCCAGUUCCUGAUCCAUCUAGUUGGAGGUCGAUCUGGUAUAGGCCUCAAUUUGAAUAGGAAAAGACCUCUUAUGUUGUCAGACUCCAAUCAAGCCUCACCGCCUGCUAAAAUAAAGAAAUAUGCAAAGAAUGAUCUGCCUGUGUAUUCUGUUCAGAGUCCUGAAAGUGCUCAGAAUGCUGAUGGAGGGCCUGUUAUAUCAGAACUACCAGAUCAGGAGGUCUUUAUGAAUAGGAGUCCUGUAAACCAAACAGCAACUUCCAAUUUGUCAGAUAACAAAUCAACAUUAACAGCUGAACCUACAUACACAGCAGAGCAAUUGCCUAACAAACUGGAUUUAUCCUCCAAUGAUUGGAAGCUUCCAUCUGACCUGCUACAUGUAGCCAGUGAUAUACUAGACUUGCAGGAUUUAAAAGAUUUACCUACAGAUCUGAACACACCAUUACCAUCAAUUAAUCCCCCAUUCUCUGGUGACCCUACUACAGAUACUAACUAUCUGUCAGGACUGUUACCAACCACAUCUCCAGAUAGUUCCAUUAAUCAGAGUUUACAGCAAAAAGUGAAACCAGCAUUUGGUAGACAACAGUCAAUACAUGACCUGAAUGAUCAUGUUGACACACUACAGUAUGACUUGGAUGGGUUACGUGAUGUCUUAUCCAGCAAUCAGUACAGUAUAGAUCCAUCAUUUCUCUUAGGGCUUUUUAAAACAGAAUCAACGUUAAAUGAACAAGAUGUAAAUAAUGUGAUCAACAUCAUGGACCCAGACAAUGUAAAAAAUGAUGAUCAUGAACACGAUGAGAAUGGACUCAAUGCUUCAGGUAGUGAACUGGUUCAAUACAAGCCAGAUGUGUUACCAGAUUUGUUUGACUUGGCCAGUCUAACGAAGGAUGACGAGGAUGUGAUAACUAACUCAUUGGGGGAUGUGGGUGACAUUCCUGAAAUGCAAAGAACAUUUACUCAACAGCAUGUACCAGCUGAUGAUUUGGAUUAAAGUGUUGAUGUAACUUAUUGUUGAUAUUUGAAUUUGUUAGGGAAUACUUUUGUUGAAUUUGAUGAAAACAAUAUGUACUUAGCUUUUCAACAAAAUUAUGUUAGUGAGUUGGAAUGUAUAUGAAUUUGAUGCAAUGUUUUUGGUUAGAGAUGUUUUUCUUGAGAAAAAUCAAAUUUGAUAUGAAUAAAACUAUGUCUUUCAAUAAUUGCCUAUGAACAAAGUUUGAAAAUAUUAAUUUAUUUCAUUUGUUAAAUUAAAUAUAGUACAUAAUGGCCACUAUAGUUGGAGCUUUAAUAAAAUAUUUUUUUCUAUCAUUUUUAAAUUAAAGAGGAGAUGGGCAGCAGUUGUUAUGUUAAAUCAUUUUCAAAUACAUAUGGCUUUGUAGCUUUAUUUAUUCAAUCAUGCACAGGGUUGAAGCCAUAGAUAAGUCAUUGAAGUUUAUAAUCAAUAAAUGGAUAAAUUUUGGCCAAACAAAUGAUAAGUGAGUUCUAAUAUUGAUAGGGAAUUAUGUGAAAUUACAAGAACUAUACCAAAGAUCAUAAGUCAGUGAAUCUACAUCAUUUGGUCACUGGUGGAGAGCUGUCUCAUUGGCAAUCAAACGACAUCUUAUUUUUUAUAUAAAUGCGUUUAAAAGGUUAACUCAUUUUAUUUGCAUCAAUCAGCUAUACUGAAUACAUCUCUUGCUUUACUGUUAUUUUAUUUAUUUCUGUUGUGAUGUGUUGCCAAACCCUUUUUCUACUAAUGCAGAAAAAAUAUAUCACCAUGGAAAAAGUUGAUUUCUUGUAACCUUUUUCUCUUCAGGAGAAAACAUUAGACACCACAGUUUAAAAUGCAUUGUCCUGAAAUGUUAAGUUGGUUAUAAGUAGUGAAGUUUUUAAAAUUUGGAGAAAAGUUGGGCAUCCUUGGUUAUGGUAAUAAAAUGUUGAGGUCAGUGUUAGGAAAAUGUUUCAGUGCAAUUUGUCUUUUGGGACAAUGUUCUUAUUUGUGAGAGCUUAACAUUCUGCAAAUCAAAAAACAUCAUUUUCAUUAUAGAUCAGUUACCCUUAUCAGUUUAAACACUAAUGAGUUUAUUUUGUUUCUAUUCAUUUGGUACAUUUUUAUGCCCCACCUACGAUAGUAGCAGGGGCAUUAUGUUUUCUGGUCUGCACGUCCGUCCUUCCGUUCGUCUGUCUGUCCCACUUCAGGUUAAAGUUUUUGGUCAAGUCAGGUUAAAGUUUUUGGUCAAGGUAGUUUUUGCUGAAGUUGAAGUCCAAUCAACUUGAAACUUAGUACACAUGUUCCCUAUGAUAUGAUCUUUCUAAUUUUAGAGUUUUGACCCCAAUUUCACAGUCCACUGAACAUAGAAAAUGAUAGUGCGAAUGGGUCAUUUGUGUACUAUGGACACAUUCUUGUUUUUCUUUUGAUACAGUACUCACAAAGUUACAAAUUUUACUGAUGUGAUUUAAAAUACACUAGAUAUUUAGGUACAGGGAAACUUGUCUGAAAAGAACCCCCAAAAAACUGAAAACCUGAAUUAUUAGACCCUUCGAAAAAUGAAAAUCUGUCAGAACUGAAAAAAUGGAAACCAGUCUGAACUGAACCCCAAAAAUUGAACCUGUGGAAAGCUUGUGUUAGGACAAAUUGUGAAUAUUGUUGUAAUAGUAAGUUAACCUGUCUAAUCAAAACAAAAUUUGCAGUCCCAAAAGGAUUUGUUUCAAACAGGUAACAGUGCGUUACAGGGUUUUAUUUACUGCUGUUACUUUUCUAUCGGUCUGAAAGACUUUAUUUGUGUGAGAUAUUGUUGUGUUGGGCUGUUUAGAAUUUGUAGACUGUCUGACUAAAGCCAGCCCCACUAUCCACUUGUGUUUGUGGAUAGUGGGGCUGCCUUUAGUCAGACUGGAUGUUUUGGAUAAAUAAACAUAUUUCUCUGGAGUGAAUAACUUGAAUGAUGAAAACUGAGUGUUGCUGCUUUAUAGAAAUAUUAUACUUGUCAUAUCUCAUUAUUUGUCAAGUGAGUUUUCCCAAUUUUUAUUGCCUAGUUAUAUAUAUGUCAUGUGACAUUUUAUUUGUUAAUGUCUAUUUUUAACAUAGUCCUAUAGCUCAUAGGAGAUAGAGGUCUCUCUUUCUCCUUUCAUGUUUUGAAAAAAAGGU